AUGCGGGCAUUUGCCUUUUCAUCUCUCCUGGCGCUGCCAGUGACUGUCCUGGCAGAUUACAACACCGUUCUGAGCGAUAUAAAGAGUAUCAGCACCCUCCUCACGACGCUGACAGACGACGUCAAGGACGUGGUCCCCGGAAUACCAGGGCUGCCCUAUGCCCUGCAAGUGCAAGUCGACGCAACAAACCUCGACAAGUGCAUUCAGACCGGCGCGGCCGAUGCCGACGCGUCCGAGCCGUUUGGCGAUGGCUCCCUCCAGGUCGGACUUGCACUCAUCAACCUGAAGCCUGAGAUCGAGUCGUCGUUGAAGCAGAUUGAAGGCAAGAAUGAGACAUUUGGGGAGUUGGGUGUGAUUGUCCUUUCGAGUUUGUUGCAGUUGAAGAGGGAUACAACUGCGUUCUCGGAUCAGAUUUUGCCCAAGCUGGCGGAGUUUGAGGCGGGCAUUGCGCCGGGGAUUGUGGAUGAUAUUGAGAAGGCGUUUGAUGGGGCGAUUGCCGCGUAUAGGAGUAAUGGUGAGUUCUAUAUGACUGCUUAUGUGACUAUGCUAAUGAUCUUUGAGGUCUCUAACCGGUUGUCAAUGUAA